AUGUCUAUAACCAAGAGAGCGCUUGCGCAGCGAUGGCUGCCAGUAGAGCAGUAUCCGCUCACCAAGGAUAUGCACUCUCACAUUCUGAAGAAGCUCAAGCGAAGGACAGUACUACAAGCUAGCAUCGUUAGCGACAAGCUCUGUGCCGAUGUCGUGCGUCGCGUCUCUCCAUAUCUGCGCAAAAACUCCCCCGUCGACGUUCUUGACCUCUGGCCCAAUGUUGGCUUGUUAUCCGCGACGAUACAUAAAUAUUUGCGUCCACGUCGCCACCUCCUCGUCGAGCCGGACCUUCCCUCUUAUGAGCCUUGGCUCCGCGAACUUGUGAAAAGCGAUCCUAGCUACAGACUUAUUUCCGAAGAUAUCUACACUCGCCGUGACUGGGCCGAAAUAUUUGAGGAAUACCUCCCCGAACAAGUCAACUCUCCUGACCGAGAAGUCGCAGGCCAGGCACUGCCUCGAAACGAUACCCUUCUUGUUUUGGCCAGCCCGCCUGUUCCAGCCCAGAAAGCCGACCACUACACGCCCCAACGAUGGUGGAGUGCGAUGAUGGAGAGCUGUAUGCAGCAGAGAGGACUACAUAAAUACGGAAGUGUCCGUAUCCUGGCUUCGAUGCCGCCCGGCGAGGUGGAGGGUGUUCUUCCCCGAACCGUCGCCGAGCGUCGACGGCCCGCCUUGCUGACGGAGACGGUGGCGGCGCAAGCAUUUGAGGUGGCAAGUUGCUAUGAGGAGGAGCAUUCCUGGAUCACUAUCAAGCCUCUGGAGGUGACAUUGAAGGGUCGCGAGCGAGUCGAAGAGCGAGCUGCGGCGCACAAGGUCUCUGUGUCUGCUCGUCGGAAGCCUCCACCCUUGAAACUUGCCCCAGUCUGUCAGAAGCGGGAUCGAUCCGACGUCCCUCACUGUCCUCGUUUAUUUACCGAGCGACAUCAGACCCUCCUCGAUGAUAUCGAGGCCGGUGAUCAGGAAGACCCCAAGGUCCCCAUUGUCAAGUCCCCCGCGAAGACAGCGCGACAGCGAGCCCAGACCGCCCUGCACAAGGAGAAUUCAAUUGCCCAUAGCCGACAUGAACUGGCAUACCUCGAGAUCGAAAUUGACAAGACCUCCCGAGCGCUCUCUCGAGCCGCUGGCGACCCCGGCCAGACCGCUGCCGACUUACAAAAGCUUGAUGACACUAUCGCCACGCAGAAAGCGGCCCUGUCCGAUCAGCUGGCAAGUCUGCACCAUCGGCUCUACAAGAGUUGGGAUCGGCUCGUCGACGACCUCCGAACCAUGAAUGCGUCUCACAAUUUUGACGAUUCGGUGCUGACAUACGACCGACGACCCUCGGAACCGAUACUGAUCGACAAGUUUGAGCUCUUCCCACGCGAACCACGUACCGUCGUUUUCUUCGAGCCCGAGACCAAUCCCGAGUUUCUCAAGAAGAUCGGGCCCUUGCCGGCUGAAACGCGGCAGCAUGUGGAAGGGUUGUUCGAGGCACUGUCUUCGGUGUUUGGCCCUCGCAAUCAUAUCACCCUCAGCGAGCUCUUCAAGAUCUUGUUCGUGGACCGCCCUACCAACGAGAUUGUUGAGGCUGUGCCAUCACUGGCACCAUAUGCCCGCAAGCGGCUCAAACCCGGCCACGGGCCUGUCCCGCUGCCCGACGCCAGUCAACAGCCGGAGAUGUGUUUCCAAGAAAACCUCGACUACGACUUUACAGAUAUUCGUCUUCGAUGCAUUCCCGGGGUGGUCAUGUGGGACAUCCUCCUCGAGUACCAAAAGCAAGCGCCAACCGUGACGCCGACCCAAUUCAGCCGCAUGAUCGGAGGUACUUUGACCUCGUUUCGCGCCGGACGCAAUCUCAUGGUGGUGCCGAAGCGCAUGCACUAA